GACGGUGGCUGGGAGGAGUGGAGCGAGUGGACGCUGUGCAGUGUGCAGUGUGAGAGACAGCGUAGGAGGGAGUGCAAUGACCCACCACCCAGACACAAGGGCAAGAUGUGUGAUGGGCCCAGUGACGCCACAGAGAACUGCACCGAAGGAAUGUGUACCCAGAGUAAGUGCCUUACUCCUUUCUCUUUUGUUUCUAGAUUGCGGUCCUUCACUGUCAUCUCCAUAAGCCAUAUCUCCAUUACACUGAUCACAACAGGACCCGUCAUUAACACGUCUGAACAGCUAGCCACAGAGGUAUUUGUUGGACGAAUACACACACUGAAAUGAAGUCCUCAGUGCAUGAUAACACUAUGGUAAACCCUCCUGUGGUGUUCAUAAGAAACAUCCCCCUGUGUCACGAGAGCGUAGCUAUCACUGAAGACAUGGAGGGUGCAUUCAGUUUUGACCACAGAUUUGAGGUUUUGACCACAGUUGUCAAAGCAAUUCUGUAACGUGCAAUUUCAUCGAAUGCAUCACCCGCACCCAUAAUAUGAUGAACUCUCAUGAAUGUUGCACAAUGAGAGGUUUUGAAUUAAAUAUUGAGAGUUACACACUGUCUACUCAAUUGUACCGGAGCGCCAAGUCUAGGUCCAAGAGGCUUCUAAACAGCUUCUACCCCCAAGCCAUAUGACUCCUGAACAUCUAAUCGAAUACAACAAGUGUAGACUUUACAGUGAAAUGCUUACUUACAAGCCCUUAACCAACUAUGCAGUUUUAAGAAAGAAUACCAAAGAAAUACCCCCCCCCCCCCCCCCCAAAUAAAUUAAAAAUAAUAAGAAAUAAAAGUAACAGAUAAUAAAAGAGCAGCAGUAAAAUAUCAAUAGCGAGGCUAUAUACAGGGGGUACCGGCACAGAGUUAAUAUGCGGGCGCACCGGUUAGUCGAGGUAAUUGAAUUAAUAUGUUAAACAAUAUGUUAAACUUUAGUUAAACUUUUGAACGGCAGUGUGGGUGUAUGUAUGUAUGUAUGUAUGUAUGUAUAUAUAUAUAUAUAUCUCACAGUGCGUUCGGAAAGUAUUCAGACCCCUUCACUUCAACAUUUUAUUAUGCUACAGCCUUAUUCUAAAAUGAAUUUUAAAAAAUAAAAAUCUUCAUCAAUCUAUUCACCCAAAAUACCCUAAAAAACAGAAAUACCUUAUUUACAUAAGUGUUCAGACCCUUUUCUAUGAGAUUCGAAAUUGAGCUCAGGUGCAUCCUGUUUCCAUUGCUCAUCCUUGAUGUUUCUACAACUUCAUUGGAGUCCACCUGUGGUAAAUUCAAUUAAUUGGACAUGAUUUGGAAAGGCACACACCUGUCUAUAUAAGGUCCCACAGUUGACAGUGCAUGUCAGAGCACAAACCAAGUCAUGAGGUCGAAGGAAUUGUCCGUAGAGCUCCGAGACAGGAUUGUGUCGAGGCACAGAUCUGGGGAAGGGUACCAAAAAAUGUCUGCAGCAUUGAAGGUCCCCAAGAACACAGUGGCCUCCAUCGUUCUUAUUAUGGAAGAAGUUUGGAACCAUCAAGACUCUUCCUAGAGGUGGCCGCCCGGCCAAACUGAGCAACCUGGGGAGAAGGGCCUUGGUCAGGGAGAUGACCAAGAACCAUGGUCACUCUGACAGAGCUCCAGAGUUCCUCUGUGGAGAUGGGAGAAUCUUCCAGAAGGACAACCAUCUCUGCAGCACUCCACCAACCAGGCCUUUGUGGUAGAGUGGCCAGACGGAACCCACUCCUCAGUAAAAGGCACAUGACAGCCCGCUUGGAGUUUGCCAAAAAGGCACCUAAAGGACUCUCAGACCAUGAGAAAGAAGAUUCUCUGGUCUGAUGAAACCAAGAUUGAACUCUUUGGCCUGAAUGCCAAGCGUCACGUCUGGAGGAAACCUGGCACCAUCCCUACGAUGAAGCAUGGCGGCGGCAGCAUCAUGCUCUGGGGAUGUUUUUCAGCGGCAGGGACUGGGAGACUAGUCAAGAUUGAGAGAAAGAUGAACGGAGCAAAGUACAGAGAGAUCCUUGAUGAAAACCUGCUCCAGAGCGCUUAGGACCUCCGACUGGGGCAAAGGUUCACCUUCCAACAGGACAAUGACCCUAAGCACACAGCCAAGACAACGCAGGAGUGGCUUCAGGACAAGUCUCUGAAUGUCCUUGAGUGGCCCAGCCAGAGCCCGGACUUGAACCCGAUCGAACAUCUCUGGAGUGACCUGAAAAUAGCUGUGCAGCGCCACUCCCCAUCCAACCUGACAGAGCUUGAGAGGAUCUGCAGAUAAGAAUGUGAGAAACUUCCCAAAUACAGGUGUGCCAAGCUUGUAGCGUCAUACCCAAGAAGACUUGAGGCUGUACUCGCUGCCAAAGGUGCUUCAACAAAGUACUGUGUAAAGGGUCUGAAUACUUAUGUAAAUGUGAUAUUUCAGUUUAUUUUAUUUUAUAUAUUUGCAAAAAUGUCUGAACCUGUUUUUGCUUUGUCAUUAUGGGGUAGUGUGUGUAGAUUGAUGAGGGGGGGGGGGAAAUAAUUUUAUCCAUUUUAGAAUAAGGCUGUAACGUAACAAAAUGUGGAGAAAGUCAAGGGGUCUGAAUACUUUCCGAAUGCACUGUGUAUAUAUGCUGUAUAUACAGUGUGUAUCCUAUCUAUCUGAUGAAUGAAAGAGCCACCAGUAUGUUUUGCAAAGUAGGAUUGUUAUUUUGGGCUAGUUCGGUACAAAAUAAGCAUUGGUACGCUCCAAUUUUCCAUUGGUCAUCAUACAUUUUCAAAAAAGAUUUGAAGCUUUUAUUUUCCUCCUUGUGAAGGAGAGAGAUGGUCAUAAUCAAAGUAUUUUUCAGACCUAUUUGCCAAUCUCUCCCAUGGCCAGUAGAUAGAAGUCUGGUAAUGAUCAUCAUUACCUGGGCAGUCUGUAUCUGUAGAUCUCAGUGGUAGGGCAUCUCCACAUGAUUGAAAGAAGUGCACUAGUAGGAUACCUCACUCACACAGGGCUGGCGUUUAAUCACCUCGUUCUGUAUGCGUCCCAAAUGGCAACCUAUUCCCUUUAUAGAGCACUACUUUUGUAAUGAAGUAGUGCACUAUAAAGGGAAUAGGGCGCCAUUUGGGACACAACCAGGGCUGGUGUUUAAUCACCUUGUGUGUGUCUCGCUCUCUCUCUCUCUCUCUUUUUCUCAUUCUCUCUGUCUUUGCAGAUGGAAAGCUGCUGCAUGAUGUUAAACCUCAAAGUGAGUCCUUCCUUUCUGCAUUUCUUUUAUCUUCAACCCCCAACUCUUGACCUAAUUUGUGAGCCAUAACAAUGACCAAAUUGUCACUAGAUGAAAGUUCAGGGUCCAGAAUCAAAGUAUUAGCAUUUUUUUGUUAUGAGCACCUAUUUUCGACACCUACCUAUUUGGUUAACUUUAAUUUACCUGCAUUUUACACAGCCAUCACACCCAUCACAAAAACUCAGGUUCUGAACAGAAUUGGAACCAGGUUCUACCAUUCUAUCACUCAACUGUCCACUCUUCACGAGUGUGACAUCACAACAGGCUUUCCUUCUUGGAUUGAUCUCUUGUGACAACUGAACAUGUGCUAUGUUGUAGAUGAUUAAUGGAGUGUAAUUAUUGCAAACAAGCUAAUUUGACCAAUUUGCAGUGAUUCCUCACUUGUAUUCCCUGGUGGGUUUCAGCUCAGAUGCUCUCUCCCCCUUGCAUAUACCGCCUGACACCUAUUGAAAUGAUUGUCAGGCGCUACCUUGACUGGAGCUGCAACAGUGUCUGUAAUGAGCCUUCAUUAGGCUGACACAGGCUCAAUCACAUAAUGUGUGCUUGGGUGGUUGUUGCCUGGGUUUGCAACACAUUCUGGGUCAAACCAUUGAGUUGAGAAUUCUAGAUGGGGGAGACAGACAUUUGGUGAGUGAUCAUACUAGCGGAGCUCCUAUAAAUUAAUUUGCCUCGGAUCAUUUCCUGUCACUGUCAGACGGUGACCAUUGGGUCAUACUAUGUACCAUUAGACUUAUUGGAUAUAGACUAGUGUAUCUGAUAGCAGUUAUACCCCCCUCAAUCUCACUGUUAACAGCUUUAUGAAUGUCUUGUGUAACAGCAGUGUAGGGUAUGUUGAGAUGGACAGCCAGCACACUGCUCUACACAGUGCUUUAAAAGGAAUUCACUCUCCAAAAGCUCCUUAAAACAAUGCAAAAACCAGUACUGUAGAUACAGGAUACUGUAGAACAUGUCAUCUAAUAUUUGAGAUGCCCAAGAAUUUCACCACAUUAGAAUCACCACCAUAACCCUUCUUUCAUGUCCCUUUUCAAUGUCUCUUUACGCUGACUUAGUUAAGCUUCUUACACAUUACUGUUUACGCUAAGCAUACAUCCAGUGAGACUGUUGUUUCUGUGCAUCUGUCUGUGGGUGUACCAGGUAUGGACGGCUCCAACGACGUGGCUCUUUACUCUGGGCUGGGGGCGGGGAUCAUAGCUGUGACUGUCCUUGUGGUGGCCGUCAUGCUGUACCGGAAGAACCAGAGCGACUACGGCGUUGACGUCAUCGACUCGUCCGCGCUCACCGGGGGCUUCCAGUCUUUCAACUUCAAGACCACCAGACAAGGUGAGCUAGCACUGCCUUUCACUUUAUGGAGACAUGCCCUGUCGCACACAAUGCCAAACAGCAGGCAGGAGUUUGUCAAGGUCCCUUUAGGCAUGCUGCCGCUGCUGGUGAUAGAUUGCAUGUGUUUGCAUUGAGGCGGCACGGUGGCGGCACGGUGCAUUACCCUGCACAUCUGCCUAGGAUUUAUAUUAUCGUAAUCGCUGAAAGGAUCUGUCCUUCUAUUUUGACUGACCAGCUCCUCUGUUAUUGCGGACAUAGGUUAUCAAUCGACACUUCCUGUGUCCCCCUGGCUGCAGACCACACACACUUGACUGUCAAGCAACCAAACGCCCUUCCCUGCCGUCAGAUAGCCCCAGCCAAAUCCACUGAUGGAUAAAUGUGAAAAGCAUGGAAUAGUGAACAUCAAUUCAAUUUUUGUUGUGCACAGCAAUUAUUUCUGUUCAUAACAGUGUCUGGGGCUGUGGCUUGUCCCAGGCAGCCUUGCUACAGGCAUUCAUAUUACUGUCAGUGACACCUCUGGGUUAGCACAAGUGAUAGCCAUCACAGCGGCGGGUGAUAAAUUCUGUCUAGUUGUGACAGCACUGUGAAAAGCCCUGCCGGAGCCAUGUACAUCCAAUGAUCCCAAGGCCUGGGAAGUCACGCGUGCCCCUCACCACGCGCCAGGGAGGGGAUAGCUGGGGGACUGUGCCGGGCUACAUCCAGCAGGCCAUCAAUCGUAUUUAAAUAGGCCAGGUUUUCAGGAGCCGCCUGCUGUGCCCUCCACCGGCCACCAUCACUCCAUUCUUCUAUUCCCCUCUCCGUCAGCCUGCUAAAUGAGCCUCUGAAAUAUAGCUCAUAUUCUCUGCUUUCUCAUUUCAGCUAUGGAUUCUUCUUUUCUAGAGAAAAAAAAAUGAAUAGCAUGUAUUUUAUUAUGCCUGAUCUGUUAUUUUUCCAGUCUACCUUAUUCAGGUUGAUUUUCCACAAUCACAAUAACGUCCGGUAAUACGCAUUGAGAGAAAAACAUAGCUUUACUCAAGUGCGUUCUUUAUAGGAAAUCAGUAGCUUUUCGUGCCUUGUGAUUGCUUUAAAAAAGCGCUUAAAUGCUUCAGAUCGCUCCUACCAUGACAAGGUGUAAGUCGGAGUGGUGAAUGAGAGUCUUUAGGUCUGAACCUGUCUCCCUGCAUUAUAGCUGGCUGUGAAGGAUUUUUAAUCAGAGGUCCAAUUCCAAACCUAUCCCUCAAGGUAUUCAACGUGAGGUCCAUUUCAUUAACUUCUCUCAUCCAACCUCCUCCGCAAUUCCAUUUUGCUCCACCAUUUUAAAGAUCCACACUCAAGCGAUAAUCCGAUUUUUCUCCACUGCACUGAGAAGAAGAAAAUGUACAUGGCUGUUCACAUGUCAAGGUUGAAAUCUUAAGCAAUGUCCACUGAAAUGCAUUAUCUAUCUGUCCAUGGCAUGUGCAGCUGAAUUUUCUUGAGUCCUAUUCUGUCUACUGCAAUCCGUAAUAAAUCACUACCAAUCAGUACAAAUCACUACCAAUCAGUAACAAAUCACUACCAAUCAGUAACAAAAAAUUACUUCUGAAUGCUCUUAUUUCACACUGCUCCAUUUCUUCAGAUCAGUUCCCUUAAAUCUAACAUUUCCCAUUAUAUCCUCUGUUUUUGAUUGCAGAGCAAAAGCUUUUAACAUAGUUACAUUUUGCACUCAUCAUUUUCAGGCACUACACUAGACGAUGAAGUUACGAGGAGCAUCACUCCGCUUCAGAAUACCCUCUAGUUAGUCUAGCAGUGGAAACAAACCCUGAAUACCCUCUAGGUAGUCUAAGAGUGGAAACAAACCCGGAAUACCCUCUAGGUAGUCUAACAGUGGAAACAAACACCCUGAAUACCCUCUAGGUAGUCUAACAGUGGAAACAAACACCCUGAAUACCCUCUAGGUAGUCUAACAGUGGAAACAAACACCCUGAAUACCCUCUAGGUAGUCUAACAGUGGAAACAAACACCCUGAAUACCCUCUAGGUAGUCUAACAGUGGAAACAAACCCGGAAUACCCUCUAUUUAGUCUAGCAGUGGAAACAAACCCUGAAUACCCUCUAGGUAGUCUAAGAGUGGAAACAAACCCGGAAUACCCUCUAGGUAGUCUAACAGUGGAAACAAACACCCUGAAUACCCUCUAGGUAGUCUAACAGUGGAAACAAACACCCUGAAUACCCUCUAGGUAGUCUAACAGUGGAAACAAACACCCUGAAUACCCUCUAGGUAGUCUAACAGUGGAAACAAACCCGGAAUACCCUCUAUUUAGUCUAGCAGUGGAAACAAACACCCUGAAUACCCUCUAGUUAGUCUAACAGUGGAAACAAAUACACCCUGAAGCACAGCAUGAAUCAAGCCCUCCAGUAAUUAACGAUUUCCCUAAAAAUAAAACAACAUUAGCCUCCUGCCUUCCACCCCUCACCAGGCAGCAGCUGGGCAGCAAUGACUUUUUCACUCCGCUGUUAUCUUGGCACAGGGAGUCCUGUGUUUGGUAGUGUGGCUAGGCGUCUAAUGGCUGCGGCUGAAGACGCCCAUCCUUGGCCUGUUGAGUCCAUGCUGUGAGCUGAAGGACUCCCCUCAUUUACAGGACGGUCACCAUCACAGACCCCUCAGCCCCUUCCCAGCCACACACACACACUUACGCGCACACACACACACACAGCCCCAGCCGUGUGCUGUGCCCACAGACAGAGAAUGACUGUGUCCUCCAGGAGGGUGAGUCUGUGUACAGAGAGGAACUGACUCCAACUCCAACAGAUGGAUCAUGGAGAUCAAGCUGUGUAUGCUUGGUAAUUAAAUUUACCUCUGACCAGUGACUAUGGCUCAGCCUGGCCUGGAUAGCUACAGUAUCUCACAUCCAGGUUAUUUACCUGUACUGUAACUCUGUGUUGGUCAACUAUCUUGGCAUCUUAUUCACACUAAAAGCCUGUUUUCCAUCAGUUCACAGAGAUUGCUCAGUGCACUUGACUUCAACCUAUGGCUCCUGCAGAGAGAGCUUGGUGUUUUAGAUGACUGAAUGACUAUGUGGCUGUGUGCAUCUGUCAUCUCUCUAGGGAACCCACUGCUUCUCAACUCCUCUCUGCAGCCAGACCGGACAGUGGGCGGGACCUAUACCAGCCCCAUCUGCUUCCAGGACUCCAUAGACAACAAAGAGCUCUUUGACCCCCUGCCAGACAUCAAGGUCAAAGUUCAGAGCUCCUUUAUGGUUUCACUAGGUGUGGACGACCGCGCUGAGUACCACGCUGCCAAAGGCCAUCAGCCCGAGACCUUCCCCAGAGGGCUGAACCGAGACUACAGCAACAGCACUGUGGAGAGACGGAGCACCAAGAAGGGCCCGCUCACCCCCAACGGCCCCCCCCUCAACCCCACCAAAGAUCAGCUGAGAAUCACGGGCGUGUUUGGGCAUCUGGGCGGCCGGUUGGUGGUGCCAAAUACUGGUGAGCUACAUGUGUUUAAAGACACUGAAUUACACUUGAAGCUGUGCUUGAAGCAGAAUUAUACAGUUGGUGUUGCCAAAUACUGGUGAGGUACAGUACAUGAUUUAUAAAGACAGAUGGGUUGACUGCUCUUUGAUGGUAUUGUCUCAUUAUAGCAUUUGUUCAGAAUUUUCUAUUCUAAGAGAAAAUGAAGUUCUCAGUUUAGCAAAACCAUGCACACACGUGACUAAUUCAAAGUAAAGGUAGGCUUAGUAAAUAUGUCAUGGCUAGUGAAACCAGGGAUUCAUACCAAAUGGGCACCCUAUUCUCUACACAGUGCCCUAUGGGUCCUGGUCAAAAGUAGUGCACUAUAAAGGGAGUAUGGUGCCAUUUGGGACGCAGACCAGGUCCUUUAAUCUCUCUAGAGUCUAACGCAUGAUGCUACAGUACUGUAGGAUUCAUCCAUGUUGUUUCCCAGGUAGGAACAGUACAGCGACCUAGUAUAGAUGUUUAUUAUUCCUCUACAUCAGGGAUAAUUUACAUUUAAGUCAUUUAGCAGACGCUCUUAUCCAGAGUGACUUACAAAUUGGUGCAUUCAACUUAUGAUAGCCAGUGGGACAACCACAUUUUUUUAUGGGGGGGGGUGUAGAAGGAUUACUCUUAUACUAUUCCAGGUAUUCCUUAAAGAGGUAGGGUUUCAAGUGUCUCCGGAAGGUGGUCAGUGACUCCGCUGUCCUGGGGUCGUGGGGGAGCUUGUUCCACCAUUGGGGUGCCAGAGCAGCGAAUAGCUUUGACUGGGCUGAGCAGGAACUGUGCUUCAACUAGAUUCAGCCGCAGGACGAUUUUUUUCUUGAGCUGAUGGUCAGGGGGCCGGAACUUAAUUACAAAUAAUUUGUAGACUGCAAAAUGACCGCAAGAAGCCCAAACAGAUAUAAUAUUUGACUAAAACGUAAUAAUUUCAAACCUCCCUUACAUUUGUAUAGGAUCACAUGUCUCUUAUGUGUGGGAAUACUUUGGAACAGAUUUCUAAAAAAGUAAAAUCACUUGGAGCUGAUCUGCUGGUGUUUUUACAGUCUUUUAUGUCCAACAAUAAAAAAUAAAAAUACAAUUGGGUACCCUGCUAUACAUUCCCACCAGCUCUCCCAGGCAAACAGGGGUCAGGCCUCUUACCAUAAACCCUGACUACAAGUUUGUUAUGAGGACUGCCACAGCUGUCAGGGUCAACAGUUCCAUGUGAACUGUAGCUCUGACAUCUCUCUCCUGGGCCCUCGUGUGUGUGUGUGUGUAGGGCCCUCGGCUCUGCUGGAGAGGCACAGUGAAAUCAGGCUCCUUCAGUCUCCUGGCUGUGUGAGUGGAGAGACUCAGCGGUCAAGUGGAUCACUCACACCUCCAAUCUACAGUACUUUUAACAACGCUCAAUGGACAGCCAUACAUGGCCAACACUUAUCACUAACUGCCAGUCUCUUCUUUCAGGGUGGAUACAUAUCCUACACACUCAAGCACAAGUGAUCACACGCAUGCACACGCACACACAGACAACCUUCAAUACAAUAUUAGACAUCGGUCUCUCCUGUGGGAUGUUAACUGAUGAUGUUCAAACGUUUCUUAUGUGAGAUGUGAGUUUAUUCCUUUUGGCUUACGAUGUUCCCUGUCACGCUGAUGAUUUAAGAGGUCCUGGAGGGCUCCUAUACAGCCAUCACCAGUAAAACGUCUGACAAGGCGGCAGGUGUUGGUUUAAUGAAAGCUAACUAGUUGAAUUGCGAGAAGGGAGAUGGCAGGCGGGGGGACGACAAAACACUUCCUGUUUAUAGAGAUAUUGAUUUUACUUUUUUGGAAAUCUGUUCCAAAGUAUUCCCACGCAUAAGAGACAUUUGAUCCUAUACAAAUGUAAGGGAGGUUUGAAAUUAUUAAGUUUUAGUCAAAUAUGAUAUAUGUUUGGGCUUCUUGCGGUCAUUUUGCAGUCUACAAAUUAUUUGUAAUUAUGUGGCCCCAUGUAGCUCAGUUGAUAGAGCAUGGCGCUUGCAACCCCAGGGUUGUGGGUUCGUUUCCCACGGGGGGCCAGUAUGAAAAAAUGUAUGCACUCGCUAACUGUAAGUCGCUCUGGAUAAGAGCGUCUGCUAAAUGACUAAAAUGUAAAUAUUGAAUCUUCUACUAUGCCCCAGUCUCCUGCUAAUCUUUUGUAAGGUUCCAGACAGGAUUUCUAUGCAUUGUAUGUGUCUUGUUUUGAUGUAUUCUCAGAUUGUACAAGGUAAAUGGCAUCGUUUCUAAUAGAUGUGUUGUGCUUUGAAGCUGUGUGGUUGUGUUUAUCCGUAAUAUUAUGCGUCACUGCGCUACGCCACUGCUUAUAGCAUCCAGCUCAGGGCUCCAGCUAUGCAUUUGGUUUGCUAACCUGCUAGCUAAGUGGCUAGAUGUCAAGAGCAAGCUUAUUGGUUACAGCAGAGACAUUCAAUUCCCUCCUGGAUCAAGAUCCCUGUUGCCUAAAUUGUUUUCUGCAUAAUUAUUUAUUUUAUUUUGUAUUAUUAUUUAUUUUUAAAUAGUGCCCCUUGUGUGCAUUUCCACUGUACCCCCGUAUGGUACAGAAACGGUAUGACGGGAUGAAAAUCUGGAUACCGCCCAACCCUAGUUGUUGUUGUUGUUGACUCUGUUUUUGUGUCUUGCAGGAGUCAGCCUGCUGGUACCCCAUGGGGCGAUCGCUGAGGACCCUUCCUGGGAGAUGUACAUGGUGAUAAAUCAGGGAGAGUCC